AUGUUUCCGCCAAACAAAAGCCCUGGCCCAGUAAGCCUAGGUACAGCCACAAGCGAAUCAGCCAAGGAGAUAAUCCUUGAUGAGGCCGUUACUGGUUUCAUCAUGAUACAACAACAGCCUUGCACUUUCAUGGAGACCUUGCAAAGUGAUGGGUCAAACCAUAGAGAGGACUAUCAAGGCAAUCUCUCUUCUCAAGACGUCGCUAACCAUAACACAACACUCAUCUCAAGAUUUUAUGAAUGCCAUCAAAGUCACCAACAAUUUAUCUGCUGGUUUGCGCACCAGGAGCGAGGCCUCUGCACUCAGGUGGUUAAGAGAAAAGCAAAGUUUCGCAUCGGAAACUUAUCCCCCCGACUUGCAAUUUUUUGCCGUCUGGGAUGUCAAAUCGGCAGUUGGCAAGCCAUUCCAUUUAGAAUGUCAUUAUCCGGUUGCAUACCCGAUGCCAAAUUCCAAGGAAUAGCAAUUUGUGAGGAAUAUUUUGAAGGGCUCGCAGAUAAUGGUGGCGUACAGAAUGGGUUCAGAGAACAGAUGAUCUCGCAAUCCCUGAUUCCUCAAGAGAAGGCCAAGGGAAGGGAUGGCCUGGAUCCCUGA